AUGAAAGAAUCUGAUUGUUGUUGUUGUUUAGACUCUUUGGAUGCUAUCGUUGAAUCAUCUCAAUCAUUGGGUAUACCUUUAUACAUUCUCAUUGACAGUUAUAGUUCUACUAGUAUAAACUAUACUAUUACAAAUGCUUCAAGUCUUGUCCAAACCAUAUCAACAGAAUCAACAAAGGUAAUUAGUGGUAUGGAGAAUGUUUUAAAUGAAUUCUUUGGUCGUCUCCAUUUAGCAUGUGAACGAUCAAACAACCACACUAGAGCAUUUAUCACUGAUGUCACACCUCUUGCAUUGUCAAAUCUAUAUACCAAUGUACACGACUUGACAUUUGAUAGUGCAUUUUCCAAUCUCUAUGGUUAUCAAGAAUGUGAUGUACUACGUGGUCUUGACCUAAUCCCACAUUUGUCAAAGGCAAAGAAAACCGAUGUACUCAAUUACUUUAAAGUCAGAAACCUGUCUAAAUUAUAG